AUGACGUGGUUCUCGUUGGGGAAUUUGGAAUCUAACUAUGAAGCUAAACAAAAGGAUUUAGUACAACGUAGAGGCAAGGUUGUGUCAAGGAUAAUGCAUGAGGAACCGGACAAAAUGAAGCUUCUUUCUACUAUUAAGGAAGUAAAAGAAAGGUAA